AUGGAUCGAACACUGGCCAAUACCUUGGAUUGUCCCCCUAUCUUCAACACGCUCAGUUCUGGCAGUUUCGGGAACUCCAGUGGAUAUGCUGGCUCCCAAACUGAGGACACCGACCCGGACUUCUUCCCCCUUUUGAACGACACUCUCAAUGGCAAGUCCCGUCAGCUGCUGAUCAACGCGUCUACCGUGUCUGCUAGUCUGAUCCAGGCACUGCCAGCUUGGACGUCGCCCCAGUCAGUAAGUGACAAGUUUGACACGGCUCAAAAGAUCCUGAUGGCCAAUUAUGUUUCAAACGCUGGCUUCCUGUCCUCCUUGGUGAGUCCAUCGGUCUCCUCCACGAACCUGUUCCAGAACAUGUAUCCGAUGCAGAGACUGUUGUCUAUCACCGGACUUGGAGACCAAUAUGAAAACACUAUCAACAGUAACUACAUCCAUCGGCCCAGAGCCGACUCCUAUGUCGCAGCUCCACAGGCACGUUACAAGAGCGUCGAUGGUCUGAUCGAUCUCUCAAAGAAGAGGGACAUCCGUAUGGCUUACAAUAACCAGAGCUACACUCCAUCAUUUGAGAAGGAGAACAAAGAGCCGUCAGCUUCAAUCAGCUCGAAGCAUAGCUCUUUUGACGGCAAGGCGUUGAAGCCAGCCAAGUCAGUAUCAUCAGACAAGGUGCAAGCCUUAGAAGCCGAGCUUGCCUUCCAGACUGAGAUGAACAAGUCCGUAGCAGAGAAGCUCAAGAACUUCAAGUUAAACAAGACACAGGCAUCUGGGUCCAAUUACAAGGAUAGCCCAUCUGUGCAGAUGCCCCAGAAAUACCACCAGCUUUUCAAAGACCUCACACAGACCUUGAAUGAGAGGACCAGUGACUUGGAGGACACCAAGUCGAGAUUGGAAGCCAUCAUGGUAGCGUUGGUGAUGAACAAAGGUAGUGACAUCAUAGAAAAUGGUACCUUCGACGCACAGGAGAUGGCCCACAGACUCGUGAGCAAGUUGGAGGUCUUGCUGGCAGAGAAUGAGUCCUUACAGAGAAUGGUAAGCUACAGCAACAAGCAGAGUCUCCUUAUUGAGUUGAACUUAUUGAGAGAGGAGAAUGAGUCUUUGAAGAAGACCAUCAAAGAAUUUGACAAAAAGUAG